AUGAACAAGACAUUUCAAACGAUUGGUGUAUGUGGAUUAAAUGCAUCUGGUAAAUCAUCAUUGUGUAGCUUUUAUAAAGCAAAGGGAUACCAAGUCAUAUCACUCUCUGAUGUCAUUCGUAGAGUUUUAAAAGAAAGAAAUCAACCAGAGUCUAGGCAACUCUUAAUCGAUACUGGAAAUGAACUAAGACAUAAACAUGGGUCUGGUGCAUUGGCAAAGAUGAUCAUACCAACAUUGGAUAUAAACAAAAAUUAUGUAAUCGAUUCGAUAAGACACCCAGAAGAGGUUAGAGAGUUGAGAAAUGGAAUAUCUCUUAGGAAUGGAUUGUUUUGUUUGGUUGCUGUUAAAGCUAGUACUCAGAUUCGUUACAAUAGAUUGGUAUCAAGAGCAAGAGAAGGUGAUGUGCUAUCAUAUGAUAGGUUUCUAGAGACGGACAAGUUGGAAUCAAACAAUCCAGAUCCCCAAGGUCAACAAAUAGCAUCAGUCAUUGCAAUGGCCGAUAUUACUGUCGACAAUGAUUAUCAAGACAUUCAAAAGUUUAAUAACAUUAUCACUACCGAAACAUCAAUCAAGAUUGAUCACUUUUUAGGUGACACCAAACAACUAGAAGAAUAA